AGGAAACUAUAUAUUCUGAUAGUCAGGAAACUAUACAUUCUGAUCACCAGUAAACUAUACAUUCUGAUCACCAGUAAACUAUACAUUCUGAUCACCAGGAAACUACAUUGUGAACACCAGGAAACUAUACAUUCUGAUCACCAGUAAACUAUACAUUCUGAUCACCAGUAAACUAUACAUUCUGAACACCAGUAAACUAUACAUUCUGACCACCAGUAAACUAUACAUUCUGAUCACCAGUAAACUAUACAUUCUGAUUACCAGGAAAUUAUACAUUCUGAUCUAUACUGGUAAAAAAGUAAGACGGGAGUGCAAAACGUGAACUGAAAACCUCCAUCUGAAAAUCAGUAUGUCAUUAGCUGCUGUUACAACUACAAAAGGUGAAGUCUGCUCAAAGUUUUGUAGAAGUAAAUCUAAAUUAGAAAUGCACAUGCGCGUCCAUACUGGAGAGAGACCGUUCAAAUGCGGAAUGUGUUUAAAGGAUUUCUCUUCCAAAAGUAACAUUAAAACACAUAUGAAUAUUCACACUGGUGUAAAACAAUUUGGAUGCGAUAUCUGUAAAAAAUCCUUUGAUUUCAGUUACAGGUUAAAGCAACAUUUGUUGAUUCAUACUGGUGAGAAACCUUUCAAAUGUGAUAUGUGCACAAAAUGUUUUAGACAAAGUUCAGGUUUGAAAACUCACAAAAUGCUUCAUACUGGUGAGAAACCUUUCAAAUGUGAUAUGUGCACAAAAUGUUUUACAAAUGGUUCCAGUUUGAAAAGGCACAAAAUGCUUCAUACUGGUGAGAAACCUUUCAAAUGUAAUGUGUGCACAAAAUGUUUUGCAGGCAAAAGAACCUUAAAAAGACACAUGUUUAUUCAUACUGGUGAGAAACCUUUCAAAUGUGAUAUGUGCACAAAAUGUUAUACAGAAAGUUCCAGUUUGAAAAGUCACAAAAUGCUUCAUACUGGUGAGAAACCUUUCAAAUGUGAUAUGUGCAGAAAAUGUUUUACACAAAGUUCCCGUUUGAAAUAUCACAAAAUGCUUCAUACUGGUGAGAAACCUUUUAAAUGUAAUGUGUGCACAAAUUUUUUUGCAUGCAAAAGAACCUUAAAAAACCACAUGUUUAUUCAUACUGGUGAGAAACCUUUCAAAUGUGAUAUGUGCCCCAAAUGUUUUACAAGAACUAGAGACUUGAAAGUCCAUAGUAUGCUUCAUACUGGUGAGAAUACAUUCAAAUGUGAUAUGUGCCCCAAAUGUUUUACAACAACUGCAAUCUUGAAACGCCAUAGUAUGAUUCAUACUGGUGAAAAACCUUUCAAAUGUGAUAUGUGCACAAAAUGUUUUACACAGAUUCACAUUUUAAAAACUCAUGAAAUGCUUCAUACUGGUGAGAAACCUUUCAAAUGUGAUAUGUGCACAAAAUGUUUUACACAGAUUCACAGUUUAAAAAUUCAUAAAAUGCUUCAUACUGGUGAGAAACCUUUCAAAUGUGAUAUGUGCACAAAAUGUUUUAGACAAAGUUCCCGUUUGAAAUCUCACAAAAUGCUUCAUACUGGUGAGAGACCUUUUAAAUGUAAUGUGUGCACAAAAUGUUUUACAGGCAAACAAACCUUAAAAAAACACAUGUUUAUUCAUACUGGUGAGAAACCUUUCAAAUGUGAUGUGUGCACAAAAUGUUUUACAGAAAGUUUCAGUUUGAAAACUCACAAACUUCUUCAUAACGGUAAAAAGCCAUUCAAAUGUGAUAUGUGCCCCAAAUGUUUUACAACAACUGCAAUCUUGAAACGCCAUAGUAUGAUUCAUACUGGUGAGAAACCUUUCAAAUGUGAUAUGUGCACAAAAUGUUUUAGACAUAGUUCCUGUUUGAAAGAUCAUAAAAUGUUUCAUUAUGGUGAGAAACCUUUCAUUUGUGGAGUGUGUGCAAAAUGUUUUACAAACAAAAAAGUCAUAAAACGCCAUAUAUUGAUUCAUACUGGUGAGAAACCAUUCAAAUGAAAUUUCCUCAAAAUGUGUUACACAGAAUUCCACCUUGAGACUACAUAACAUGCUUCUUCGUGGUGAGAAACCUUUCAAAUGAGAUUUGUACACAAAAUGUUUUAAACAGAGUGCCCAAUUAAUUAAAAGACCGUAAAAUGUUUCAUUAUGGUUAGAAACCUUUCAAAUAAAAUAUCUACUAACAAUGAUCUGUCCCCAUUGAAUGGAUGUUGUAGACCCGAGCCUUUGGUGAACAUCAACCUCUGGCUUUAGUGAAGAACCAAUUAAAGGUCAUCAUUUUAUAGUUGACUAAUCAGAUUCUGUACAAGCAAUCUGCACACUAUGUAAUUAUUGAAAAAAAGAUAUUAUCCCAGAUAUUUUGGCCAAUAUUGACAAUAUGCUAAUAAUUAAAAAAGCCUCAUUUUGCGUUGAACUAGACGUCACAUUAACUAGUAGUCCCGCAAACAGAGCCAUAAAAAAGACUUAGUUUUUGAGUAGGUGGUCAUGGAAAGGUAACAUCUGUCCUCAUGGCUAGACAUGGUCAUUGGGGUGUUGUAAGCAUGAAAUGAUUUGAUGACAGCGUCAAAAAUGCGUGUGAAGAAAUUGGCGACCAUGUUUCAAACUGGUGCGUGUUUCAGAGUUUAACAUUCAUAUCUUGGUGUCUGCUCCAGGUAGGAAUGUGUUUUUGUGGUCAAAUAACAUGAAAGUAAUAUACUACUCAAAAGAAUUUAAGGGUCAGACGAUAUUUUCGACAUUAUUUUCUGAAUGUCAAUUAUAUUAGCUAGACCAUAAUGUCACGCAUGGUAUUGUUCCAAUUUACGAAAGUGGG